GCAACAACCGACCGGCAUGUUUAAUUUCGGGUCGGGAGGCACAACGCCACAAGUUCAAUUCAAUAUGGGCAGUGCCCCCUAUACUACUGCGGCGCGACGAGUGAGGAAAGCCGUAAGAAGAACGCGACGAUGAAUACGAAUUAACGGAGCCAUAAAAUAGCUUGUGUAAACAGAGUGAAAUACACCUAUCCGUCCAAGUAUGGCUGAAGUAACAAAAGACGAUAGGGUUCUGGGUAAUAUAAUAGAUAUUACCAAAACCAGCAAAUACUUCUUAAUAAAUUUUGGUACAGGAGAAGAAGCCAGAUUAUACGUAUUAAAAGAUCACGUAUUAAGAUAUUAUAUUUCUACUACAAAAAUAUUCUUAGAAUAUCCGAAGCCAAAUAAUGAGACUGAUGUUGCUAAAAUAAUUGCAAAGACUCUCGACGAUUACGGUGAUGAAGCAUUUCAACAAUCCGAACUUGAUGAAAUAACUACACAUUAUAUUGUGAAAACAAAAGCUUUACAAAUAGUGUUUGCUAAGAGAACUGGAACAAUAAAAGUAAACGAUAAGAGAUCAAACAAAGACGUUUUGAUUGAAGCACAUCCUUUGUCUUAUAAUGACCAAAAGUGUAAGCAAACGUUGCAUCAAAGAUCAGACGAAUACUUUUUUGGAGGUGGUAUGCAGAACGGAAGAUUCACUCACAAGGGUAAAAAGAUAAAUAUUGUUAAUAGUAACAAAUGGACGGACGGAUGGGUAUCGUCUCCUUGUCCAUUUUACUGGUCGACAUAUGGAUACGGAAUCUUAAGAAACACGUGGCAGAAAGGCUCCUACGAUUUUGGAGAAAAAAAAUAUAAUGAUGUUGUAGAAACUACGCACGAGGAAAAUUACUAUGACGCGUAUAUUUUCAUCAAUUCAAAACCAGCAGACAUUUUAAAAGAUUAUUUUGAGUUAACAGGCAAGCCAUUGCUCUUGCCCGAAUAUGCAUUUUACGAAUCCCAUUUUAACGCUUUCAAUCGUGACUAUUGGGUUGAAGUGAAUGCUGACACGAAAGGUGCAAUUUUGUUUGAAGAUGGAAAAUACUACAAAUCUUAUCAGCCAAAAGAUAUUGGAGAUAAAAUAGGAAUUUUGGAGUCUUUAAAUGGAGAAAAAAAUAACUAUCAGUUUUCAGCUCGAGCUAUGUUAGACAGAUACGAAAGACAUGAUAUACCUCUCGGCUGGUUUAUUCCCAAUGAUGGAUAUGGUUCCGGUUAUGGACAAACCGAUUCGUUAGACGGCGACAUUGAAAAUUUGAGACAGUUUUCCACCUAUUGUAAGGAAAAAGGCGUUCAGCUUGCUUUGUGGACCGAGUCUAAUUUACAUCCAGCUGAUCCUUCGAAUCCUAAAAAGGGAGAAAGAGAUCUAAACAAAGAAGUAGGCGUUGCAAACGUUGUUGCGCUUAAGUGUGAUGAAGCAUGGAUAGGACAAGGCUACUCGUUCGGAUUAAACGCUAUUGAGUACGCUAAUGGUAUAUUUAACAAGGCAACGAAGAGUAGAACCAGACCGAUGAUUCUGAGUAUCGACGGUUGGGCUGGUACCCAAAGGUACGCGGGCAUAUGGAGUGGCGACCAAAAUGGGGGAGAAUGGGAGUAUAUUCGUUUCCACAUCCCUACGUACAUUGGUACUGGUCUAUCGGGACAACCGAUCGUAGGCUCCGAUAUGGAUGGAAUAUACGCAGGAGGUAAUAAGGAAGUCAAUAUCAGAGAUUUUCAGUGGAAGGCAUUUACACCUCUUCAGCUUAACAUGGACGGAUGGGGUAACACACCUAAAACACCCUUCAGCUACGACGAAGAAGCCACAGAUAUUAACAGGGCCUAUUUAAAACUCAAAUCCAUGUUAAUGCCUUACAAUUAUUCUAUCGCAUUCGAAUCUAUAAAUGGUCUUCCAAUGAUUAGGGCCCUGUUCCUAGAAUUUGCGAACGACAAAGCAACGUAUACCACCGAUUGUCAGUAUGAGUUUAUGUGGGGUCCAAACAUACUCGUCGCCCCUAUCUACAAUGGCAUUAAAUCGAUGGGACAAUUCCUACGUAAUGGCAUUUAUUUACCUGACGAGAAUCAAAUGUGGAUGGAUUUCUUUACAGGCGAAAAAUAUCAGGGUGGAAAGGUUUACAAUAACAUUUUGACCCCAUUGUGGAAAAUACCCGUCUUUGUUCGAGAAGGCUGUAUAAUACCAAUGACUAACCCUAACAACAAUCCAAAUCAAAUCGACCGAAGCAUAAGAAUAUUUACUGUGUACCCCAGAGGUGGAGAGAAAUUCAAAGUUUAUGAAGAUGAUGGCAUAACUAAAGAUUACGAUAAAGGGGAAUACGCGACCACUGAAAUUACCGUUGGAAAAGAAAACUUGAAUGACGUAGUAAUAAAAAUUAAUAAGACGACUGGGACAUACAAAACGAUGGUGAAAAACAGGUCGACUAUUCUACAAAUUAUGGCAACAGAAAAAGUAGGUUAUAUUAAGACAGCCAUAAACGGUGAAUCUGUAGAUCUGCAAAAAGCAGCUAAUAUCGAGCAAUUUAAAAACAACGAUAACAAUAUGUAUUAUUUCAAUGAAGAGUUUGUGAUUAAUCCAUAUUUAACUAAGUAUAAUAUUAAACAAAAGUUCAUAAGCUUGAAAAUAAGCACGUUAGAUAUCACUCAGAACGAAAUAAUUAUAAAGCUUAAAGGUCAUAAAAACGAUUCUAAAGUGUUCGGUAGAGUCGACGAAGUAAGCGAAACGAUUGCGCCACCCUCUGACUUCAAAGAAGAUAGUGAUAAAAGAACAUCUACCAACAUCGUCCUAACAUGGAAGAGUAAUGAUAACAUCGAAUAUUACGAAAUAGACAGAGAUGGAAUAAUAUUUACACAUAUUAAAGGAGAUUCAUUUACCUUCGAAGUGAACAAUGUAUCCGUAAAAUAUAAUUAUCGUUUACGAGCCAUUGUAGGUUCCAUUGCUUCCAAAUGGAGCAACUCUAUUGAAGUUUAAUUGUGUUUCGUUUUUUUUUUUAUGUCAGUACUAUUCGAAAUUCGUACCAGAGCAUUCCAUAUAAUUAUGUGCCUAAUAA